GUUGUGAUUGUAUUAUAAAUGAGGAAAUAAAAAUAAGUGAAACAUGUCUUAUUUAAUAUUCGCUCCUCUGAUGAUCCUUCUGGCGGUCCCUGUGCAGCCUCAACGCUUUAAUAACGUCGGCAAAUUGACAGAAGUAUUUGCAUGGAAACAAAUGACUUAUGACAUUAAUGGAAUCAUGGUAUUGCGAGAUCGUUUCGCGGAAGACGACUUGGCUGGUGGUGACAGAGACAGGAGAUCAGCUGACGGACUGUAUUUCAACUAUAAUGACGAUGGAAAGAAGAAUUGGGAAGAAGGACAAAUAUGGCAUGAUAGUCCAACUGAACAGCCGACUACCCCAACGGUGGAUCCAAAUGAUGAAAUCGGCAGAUUCUUCGUACAGUACAACAACGUACCGAUGGGAGUAGAAAAAGUUGGAAACAGAUUGUUUAUAACAAUACCGAGAAGAAGAUAUGGCAUACCAGCUACUCUCAACUACAUCGACCUGUCAGUACAGGGCGGUCGCUCGCCGCCGCUCACACCAUACCCAGAUAUGGCAAGGUCAACCUCUAUGGUAUCGGUGUAUCGCACCAGGGCCGACGAGUGUGGGAGAUUGUGGAUGGUCGACACUGGAACUAUUGAAAUACCGAAUAACCCAAGGUAUAUGCAGACUCCAGCGAUAGUAGUUUAUGAUCUACGGACGGAUAGACAGAUACUUAGAUACACCCUGAAAAGCACAGACCUGCCAGCCAGAAACACACCUACUGGUCUGGCGUCCAUCACAGUGGUAAUCAAAAAUGGCGACUGCAGCAACGCUUACGCCUACAUCGCUGAUGUUGUGACCUAUGGUAUCAUCGUGUAUUCGUUGAAAGAGAAUGACAGUUGGAGACACUCCCACAACUAUUUCCAUUUUAACCCCACUGCUGGGAAUAUGAGAGUAGCAGGCCAAUCCUUCCAGUGGAACGACGGAGUCUUCAGCAUAGCAGCAGGCCCCGAGGGUCCUGACGGCUGCAGACAGAUGUACUUCCACCCCAUGGUCAGCCACCAGGAGUUCUCAGUGUCCUCAUGUGAACUGGAGACGAGGACGGCAAACCAGACGGCUUUCCAAGUAAUAGGUCAUCGCGGUACCAACAGUCAGAGCACGAUGCACGGUUACCACGCCCCCUCCAGGGUCAUGUUCUUCGCGGAGGUCGGCAGGGAUGCUGUCAGCUGCUGGCAUACGGACAAACCCCUCGCUCCUGGUAACAUGGGGAUGUUGGCGCAGGACCAGCUGAGGAUGAGUUAUCCUUCUGAUCUCCACGUCACAGACGACGAGGUCUGGGUGAUGGCUAACUCUUUGCCGCGCUUUAUAUACUCGAGAUUGAACCCGAAUCAAUAUAAUUUCUUCGUUUAUCGGGCAAAAGUUGCAGAUUUAAUAGCAGGCACUGUCUGUGCUGCUCCCUACGGACCAAAUCCAUUUUACCCUGGGAAUUUCUUCAUGAAUAUUUGAACUUCAAUAAUGUUGUGUAUUCAUUAGUUAUAAGUACCUACUAAAAUAGACAUGAAUAAAUUUAUACUUUAAAGUUUUAAAA